UCCAUGAGGGAGCGGCAAGAUGGCGCUGGGCUCUCGCCAAAGCUGCUGCUGCUGCGGCCGCGCCGCCCUGGGGCAGCCGAGGCGACGGCGGGUCCCGGAGCGGGCGGAGCCGGCAGGGUGCUCGGCGCGGCCGUACUCGGCGGGCGGCGGUGCUGCCGAGGUGGCGGGCGGGGCGGAGCUGCUGGAGGUGUGCUGGCGGCGGCGCUUCCUGCGGGGCGGCGCGGGGCCGGUGCCCUGGCGCGCCUACUUGAGCGGCCGCCACCCCGGCUUCGGGCCGUUGGGCGCGGCGCUGCGUGCUAACCUGGCGGCGCAGUGGUGGGACUCGGCUCUGCCCAUGCGGGAGCAGGUGUUCCCCGUGGACGCCCCGCUUCACGGUCCCCCCGGCGCCCUGCGGGACGCGCAGGGGCUGCGGCUGCUGCACCCGGAGACGCUGCGCGAAGCCCGCCAGGGCAGUGGGCAGAACCCGGGCGGCCCGGCCCUGGAAGAAGUGAUGGGGGCCGCGGAAGUGCUGCGGGAGAGCCUCCUGCCCGGUGUUCUGGCGCAGUAUGUCAGCUGCUUAGAGCUGGUGAACAAACGACUGCCCUUUGGCCUUGCUCAAAUUGGAGUGUGCUUCCAUUCCGUUCCAGAAAGUGAACAUUCUGUUCCAGAAAGUGAACAACAGAACAAAACCCCUACAAGAAUAGGCGAGAGGACCACGUCUUUGCUUGCAUGGUUUAGUUCUCCCAGAACUGCAGGACAGUGGCUCGAUUACUGGCUACGCCAGAGGCUCCAGUGGUGGAGAAAGUUUGCUGUAGGCCCGUGUAACUUCAGCAGCAGUGACUUUCAGGAUGAAGAAGGCAGAAGAGGAUUUAAGUUACAUUACAGCUUUCCUUGGGGAACAGAAACAAUAGAAACACUGAAGAACCUUAGUGAUACUGAACUAUUAGAGCUGUAUCCAGGAGAGAGAUCAAAAUUACUUGGCCGAGAUGGAAGGAAGAAUGUCAUCCCUCAUGUUCUGUCUAUGAAUGGGAAUCUGGACCGAGGAGUGUUAGCAUAUCUCUUUGAUUCUCUACAGCUAGUUGAGAAUCCAUUAACAGCAAGGAAAAAUUCACAGAGAAAGGUACUUAAGCUUCAUCCUUGCUUAGCACCCCUUAAAGUGGCCUUGGAUGUAGGAAAAGGUCCAACAACAGAGCUGAGGCAGGUUUGUCAAGGAUUGUUCAAUGAACUGACAGAAAAUGGAAUUUCUGUAUGGCCAGGUUAUCUGGAAACUCUGCAGGUGUCUCUGGAGCAACUUUAUACAAAUAGGAAGUCACUGAGUGCAGUAACUGACUGAAGGUGUGGAUCCUGAACUACAGACUUGGAUUCAAGUAGUUUUAUUAUGAAAAGUGUGUAUCAGAUCAUUUUUUAAAUUAAGUGAAGUAGAAGCCUUUCACAUGUUACUAUUAUUUCCCUGGAACUGUGAAGUGCCUUUUAAAAACUCUCAUGUAGAAAAUAAAUUUCUUCAGAUGAGUUAUAAGCUGCAGAACUGUUUCCCACCCUCACCCCCAUUUUUGCAUCUGGUCUGGUUCUGUAUUUCAUUCUUAAGCACUAUUUCAAACAGCACACUGUGUCUAGGCUUGAACUUGAAAGUUCUUCCAAGCCUGGAACCAUUGCCAUUAGUGUAUGUGAUGGAACUGUUUGUGGAUAUAAAAACAGCUAUUCCAUUUGGGGGCUUCAUUUAUGAUUUGUUGAUCAGGAGUGAAUUUGGGGCAUAUGGCUCCUUAUGUCAAUGCAUCUUGAGCAUAGUGAUGAGUGUUUUUUUCUGAGAGAAGAUAAAUGCAACUGUUUGUUCAUGUGCAGUAAAACUAAGUCAGAAAGAUAAAUUCUCCUUGUACAAAAAUACUCUUUUAAUAGGUCACUAAAGAUCCUUCUUGUAGCUAAAUAAUAAAGAAAUCUAAUCAGGAAAGCAAGGAAUGGCAACAGGAAAACUGGAGGUGUCACACUGGACUUAGUGCAAUACAGCAAAACUAAAUAUUUACAGUUUAUGGUCAUUUGUAUGUAAGUUGUCUGAUUUUUUUCCAUACACCAAAAGCAGUAACAGGUGGGUUCUUUUCU